UAAAAUUUCUACCCGUCAAAGCGUACAAUAAAGCAGAACGGUUUAGCGGUCGCACGAAUUUUGUUAAUUUUUUAUUUUGGGAAACCUAUUUUUCGUAUUAAUUUUUCGGCUGAAAUGGCGGCAUCAACGUCACGCAUUAGAUCGAAUGAACAGCAUGAAGUGAGGAAUGUUAAUGUGUUCCUGCGAGUCAGACCGAUGAACGAUCGGGAACGAGCAAAUCGUAGCCAUGAAGCGGUCGAAGUCAGCUCGAACCGCGAAGUGGUCGUCAAACAGGAUAACCGUAUGACCAAGAAAUUCACAUUCGAUCGGUCAUUUGGACAGGAUUCCAAUCAAGUCGCCGUCUAUCAGUCGGUUGUGGCUCCGUACAUAGAAGAAGUGUUGGCUGGAUACAACUGUACAGUAUUUGCGUAUGGUCAAACCGGUACGGGAAAGACACACACGAUGAUCGGUGAAGAGUCUCCGGAUGCCACGAAUUCGUGGGACGCUAUGUCCCAGGUUGGUAUCAUACCACGAGCGGUGUCACACCUCUUCGAGGAAUUGCGCAUAAUGGGCGUGGAAUUUUCGAUGCGAAUUUCGUUCCUGGAACUCUACAAUGAGGAGCUAACCGAUUUGCUGUCCACGGCAGAUCAAACGCCUAUUCGGAUCUACGACGAUAACAGUAAAAAGGGAUCGAUCAUUGUCCACGGCCUGGAGGAACUUCCCGUUCACAGUAGCGCCGAUGUGUACAAAUUGCUGGCCAAAGGACAGGAAAAGCGUAAAACUGCAUCGACCCUGAUGAACAUACAGUCGUCGAGGUCGCACACAAUUUUUUCCAUUUUGGUUCACAUCAGAGAGAACAACAGUGACGGCGAAGAGGUGCUGAAAGUCGGUAAACUGAACCUGGUCGAUUUGGCUGGCAGUGAGAAUAUUGGGAAGGCCGGCAAUGAAAAGGGCAUCCGAACCAGAGAGACGGUAAACAUCAAUCAGUCACUGUUGACACUGGGCCGUGUGAUAACGGCACUUGUGGAAAGGACACCGCAUAUACCAUACCGAGAAUCGAAACUGACGCGUUUGCUGCAAGAGUCACUGGGCGGUCGAACGAAAACGUCAAUCAUAGCAACGAUUUCGCCGGGUCACCGGGAUUUGGAGGAGACACUCAGCACGUUAGAGUAUGCGCAUCGGGCGAAGAACAUUCAAAACAAACCGGAAAUUAAUCAGAAAUUGACGAAAAAGCUGGCCCUGAAGGAGUACAGUGAGGAGAUCGAACGAUUGAAGAGAGAUCUGAUGGCGUCUCGUUCGAAGAAUGGAAUCUACCUGGCGGAGGAGACAUAUGAGGAAAUGAAUUGUCGCAUUGAAGCACAGAACAAGGAAUUGAGCGAAAAGCAGAUGACCAUCAAAGUGCUGAAGGACGAGGUCGCAAAAGUUCAGAAAGUAUUCAACGAGGUGAGUCUCAAUCUUGUGCAAAGAGAAACCGAAUUGGCCGAAACGUACGACAAUCUGCACUCUACCAAAGCAGAACUUGUACACACGUCUAAGGUUCUUCGAAAUACCAACCGCCGUUACCAGGAGAAAAGAGAAAUUGUGUCCAGUCACGUUCACACCGAACAAGUUUUAACAUCGCAGGCGCAACAGUUGAAAAAUGCUGCCGAUACAGCAUCGCAGGACACCUAUCUGCUGCACGAUACGAUCGAACGUCGCAAGCAAACUGACCGGAACAUUGUGUCCGUUUCGGAGAAUUUCGAAAAGUCGAUGAAUACAAACAUCAGCGACAUGACAUCCGACGUUGACAAUUUUCACAGUCAAAUCGAGAACCAGUCGAAGAAUUUCGUUGAGUACAUCGAGACUAGCAUGACGCGAAAUUCGGACCAGUUUGCAUUGAUCGUGGGUAAGUUGACCGAACAACGGUCGGCGGCGGAACUGAAUGCAUGCGAUGUGAAAAGAAUGUUGGCCGAAAAGAUGACCGGUGAUGUUAGCUGUACGGCCGAGCAGGUUGAACUGAUCCAAUCAAUAUUCAGUCAGGUCAUAGCCGACGAACGGAAAAUGUGUGACGCAAUGACCAAUGUGAUGUUAAAGUCACUGCUGAGCUCGCUGGAUGCCCAAAAUGCGAGGUCACUGGAAAGCCAUACAGCGAUGCUGGACAUGAUCAACGCCCAGCGAGAUUUAAUCUCGAAAUUUUCAACCAAUCUCGUUACCCGAUUGGAGACUCUUUCCGCGGAUGGAACGGGUCUACUGACCAGUUGCCGUAACUCUGUCGACUCAGCUGUUACAGCCAACAAGCUGCUGAUCGGUAAUAUGGGCAAAUUUUUGGACGAUUUGAGAUCGAACACCGAUAGCAUGGAAACCAUUUCGCCAACAAUCACCCAAUCGAUGGACACUCUGACAUCUGUCGUAAAGACUCAAAUUGACGAAACUACAAACAUGAAACACGAGCACGCGAAGCGUUCGGAUGAGCAAGCGAUCAAAGUGACAUCAAUGACGGACGAACAGAAAAAGGAUUUCGCUGCGACGGGAAAUGAUAUUUCGAAAACGAUGGCAUCGAUCACCAAUCACACCAAACUGUUUGCGGCAGCUAUGAAAUCGUCGAAGGUGAAAAUCAUCGAGCAGUUUGAUAAGCAGAAAGGCAUGGCAGCGGCAGCCUUAGCUAACAUCGAUAGCAAGAUCUCGGAUGGCAUCGAGAAAAUGAAGAGUACGACGCAGGAUAUCAGCGGCAUCGUCAACGAUGCUGACCAAAAUCUUAAGAUUGAUUCACAGGCCAACUUAAACUUCAAGCAAACUGUGACGACGUUCGUCAAUUCCUUCGGCGCAGCGUCAAAGAAGAAGUUUGACAAUUUGCGGACCAUUGUCCACAAUUUCCACGGCAAUGACUUGAAGGUCUAUUCGUCGAGCGGCGACACGCCCGCUAGACGCGAUUUCAACUAUCCGAAAGUACUGGCGGCAACAUCGCCACAUGAUCGCAUCGUUCGACGAUUCUGGUCGACUCAUAAUGAAUCGGAACUGGACGUAUCGAUGUCGAUAUCAGAGGGAAAUGAAACCGCAUUCAUGAAUGGCGUGAACGAGAUAGCAUCAUCGUCACUGGUCCAGCAACGCAACGGCCUGAUGAUGUCUUCGCCGAUCGGUCGAGCUUCGUCGAUGGAAGAAGAGCGAAUUGUGACAAUUUUGGAACAGGACGGCGAUGACGAAGAAGAUCAAUUUGCUGAUGCCGUGUCACCGUCUCACCCGAUGGCGUCCGAAUCCAUUUCGAAUCGAGUGCUUAGUGAAAUGACAGUUGUAAUCGCUAACACUCAAUCGACACCGGUCUGUGUCAGCAAACACCCAAUCGGACAUCCACUGCGACCCAAUGGCAUUGCGGAGAUUGAGAUUCCACCGAUUGACGCAGACACGACGAUCGGCAAUAGCGAUUCGAACAAGGAAAAUUGAUGCUGUGGCUGUCCGUCGAUGAACAAAGUUUUUUUUCUGUAAUUUUAUUUUGAUUUAAGUUUACGCAACCGCUCACAAUAAACGAUUUAUUUUUGGCAAU